AUGAAAGAUAUCGUAGCGCAGGAUGCCCCAAAGAGGAUCAAGCACAUUCAGUUCUCCACACUAUCCCCUCAAGAACUCGUUAAAAUAUCUGAAACUGAAGUUACCCACAACGGCCUCUACAGCCAGACGCCCGACAGGGCUCCACAGAGGAACGGUGUACUCGAUCGCCGUUUCGGUACUUCCGAUAAGAGCGGCAGCUGCGAUACUUGCGGGGAGUCCAUGGCUGAGUGCGUUGGUCACUACGGUUACAUCAAGCUAGCUUUGCCUGUAUUCCAUAUUGGUUAUUUCAGGGAUAUUAUAGCCAUUCUUCAGGAUAUUUGCAAGAAUUGUGCUCGUGUUCUUCUCACUGAGGAUCAGCGUAGAUCUUACCUCAAGAAAUUCAGAAGACCUAACAUGGAAAAUCUACAGCGCCAAACCACCUGUAAAGCUGUCAACACUGCUUGCCGCAAGCAGCUUUACUGCCCUUAUUGUCAAUCAACCAACGGUGUCGUCAAGAAAACGGGUUUACUCAAGAUUGUUCAUGAGAAAUUCAGAGCUAAAAAGACCCAUGUCGAGCAUGAAGAGUUUGUUAACACCUUCAACACCGCCGUCAGUCUCAGUAAAGAAAUCGCUCCUCAUAUCAACAAAGCUCAGGAUGACUUGAAUCCUCUCAGAGUGCUCGAUCUCUUUACUCGCAUUUCAAACGAAGACUGUGAGCUUCUAGGAAUGAACCCCAAAGAAGCCAGACCUGAACAGUACGUUUGGCAGUACAUGCAUGUCCCCCCUGUCUGUAUCAGACCCUCUGUCGCUCAAGACGGCGCCACAAACGAAGAUGAUAUCACCGUAAAGCUCGGUGAAAUCGUACAAACGUCGCAAAUUAUUAAGAUUGGUAUGGGUGGCGGUAAAUCUACAACAUCUCAGCUUAUGGAGCAAUGGGAAUUGCUUCAAUUAGCUUGUGCAAUGUACAUUAAUGCUGAAAUGCCAGGUGUCCCUAGCGAUAAAGCUACCAAGCCUAUCAGAGGUUUUGUGCAGCGUCUAAAGGGUAAGCAAGGUCGUUUUAGAGGUAAUUUGUCCGGUAAACGUGUCGAUUUUUCUGGUCGUACUGUCAUUGGUCCAGAUCCAAAUCUUAGUGUCAAUGAGGUUGCUGUUCCACAACGUAUCGCAAAGGUUCUCACAUACCCAGAACGUGUCUUUGAACACAACAUCGAGCCUUUGAGGGAAGCUAUUAGAAAUGGUCCUGAUGAGCAUCCGGGUGCCAAUUACGUACAAAAUGGAGGUGUCAAUGGCUUCAAACGUUUCUUGAAGUUUGGUAAUAGAGAAGAGAUUGCCAAGAGAUUGCGCAUCGGUGAUAUAGUUGAAAGACACUUACGCGAUGGUGAUUUAAUUCUUUUCAACCGUCAACCAAGUUUGCAUAGACUUUCCAUCAUGUGUCACUACGUCAAGGUUAGACCUUGGAGAACUUUGCGUCUCAACGAGUGUGCAUGUAACCCUUACAACGCUGAUUUCGAUGGUGAUGAAAUGAACAUGCACGUUCCACAGACUGAAGAAGCUAGAACUGAAGCACAAGAGUUGAUGGGUGUCAAGCACAAUAUGGUCACACCGCGUAAUGGUGAGCCUAUCAUUGCUGCCAUACAAGAUUUUAUUACUGCUGCAUAUCUUUUGUCAAAAAAAGACCACUUCUUGGAUAGACAGGAGUUUUCUCAGGUCAUUUCCUAUCUCGAUCACGCAAACAUGCAAAUUGAUCUUCCACCACCUGUAAUUCUCAAACCAAGGAGGCUGUGGACAGGCAAGCAAAUUCUCAGUAUACUCAUGCGUCCAAACAAAUCAAGUCCAGUCUUGGUCAACCUUGAAGCUAAAAAUCGUACAAAUCACCCACCACCAAAAGGAAUGCUUCCAGACAUGUCUUCUAAUGACGGGUUUCUCGUUAUUCGUAACUCAGAAAUAAUGUGCGGACAUUUCGACAAGGCUACUGUUGGUGAUGGUAAGAAGAACUCUGUGUUUGGUGUCAUUCUGCGUGAUUACGGUCCUGAUGAGGCCGUUAAUGCUAUGAACAGACUUGCACGUGUUUGUGCACGUUGGCUGGCAAAUGUCGGUUUCUCGCUUGGUAUAAGUGACGUCAUGCCUAGUAUGGAUCUGCGUCAGCGCAAGGAGUCUCUCGUUGAAGAAGCUUACGCCACAUGUAACGACCUCAUUGAGAAGGCCAAGUAUGGUAAGCUUGAAAACCAACCUGGUUGUGAUCAAGAACAAACACUCGAAGCGCUUAUCUCUGGUAUAUUGUCCAAGGUUCGUGAUGUUGUCGGUGCAAGUUGUAUGGAGGAGUUAAGUAGGUAUAAUGCUCCAUUGAUAAUGGCUACAUGUGGUUCAAAAGGUUCUGUAAUUAACGUAUCUCAAAUGGUUGCUUGUGUCGGUCAACAGAUUAUCUCUGGUAAACGUGUUCCAAAUGGUUUCCAAGAUAGAUCAUUACCACAUUUCCCUAAGAAAGCAAAAGAUCCGCCAUCCAAAGGUUUCGUCCGCAACAGUUUCUAUUCAGGUUUGUCACCACCAGAGUUCCUUUUCCACGCCAUCUCUGGUCGUGAAGGUUUGGUCGAUACUGCUGUCAAGACUGCUGAAACUGGUUACAUGCAAAGAAGAUUGAUGAAGGCUCUCGAGGAUUUGUCAGCUCACUAUGACAGAUCAGUUCGUACAUCAAGCGGUAUAGUCGUUCAAUUCCUAUACGGUUCUGAUGGUCUGGACCCAGUGUCUUUAGAAGGUGAUGGUCAACCUGUUGAAUUCUUGCGUAGUUGGAAACACACUAAGGCUAUUCUUGACUCUACUAAACAUGACCGUGGUAUGCUACCGUUCGAGAUCACUGAGCAUGUCGAUAAGGAGUUACGAACAAAGAGAUGGAUGAAAGAAUGUACUCCUCAUUAUCUCUCUACUGUUCGCAACUUUAUCUUCUCUAGUAUUACAAAGAAGCUUGCCGAUUUGAGAGACGCUCAUGGCAUGUUUGACGCACUGACAAGAUCGGAUGAGUGGGAUGAAGAGACAGAUCUCGAUAUGGGAGCAUCAGAAUUUGAAAAGGCGAUAGUCGACAACAAAGCCAAGGUCGCACCAGCACAGCUUCAAGAAUUUUUGAAUAUCUGUUGGCAGAAAUAUGUCAAGUCCAAGGUCGAACCUGGUACGACUGUCGGUCCAAUUGGUGCUCAAUCUAUUGGUGAGCCUGGUACACAAAUGACUUUGAAAACAUUCCACUUUGCUGGUGUCGCUUCUAUGAACGUAACACUUGGUGUACCACGUAUUAAGGAAAUUAUUAACGCUGCCAAGGCGAUUAGUACACCCAUUAUAUCAACCAAACUUUACGACGAUCAAACUGAAUCUGCUGCCCGUAUUGUCAAGGGUAGAUUGGAGAAAACGUUUUUGGGUGACAUUGCAUCACACAUUGAAGAAUCAUACAGAGGUGAUUACAAUGCAGUGUCUGUAUUUGUUGAUAUGGAUGCAAUCAACAAGCUGCAAUUGGAGCUUAAGCUGUCUGAUAUAACUUACGCUAUUGCCAAAGACAAAAAGAUAAAAGUUAAGAAGGAUGAUAUCAAGGAGAAUCAUAGUAAGAACAGAUUGAGGAUCUACAUUCAGCCAGGUCCGGACUCGUUCCACAUCACCCGACACCUCAGACGUAACUUGGAGAAGGUUGUUGUUACGGGUAUACCGGAAAUAACGAGAGCAAUUAUCAAUAUCAACGAGAAGGAAAACAAGCGCAAAGAGUUGCUUGUAGAAGGAUAUGGAUUGCUUGACGUUAUGACCACUGAGGGAAUUGUCGGUACACGUACAUCAUCGAAUCAUAUUAUGGAGGUUCAGAAGGUGUUGGGUAUCGAAGCAGCAAGAAGUGCGAUUGUUAAUGAAAUAGAUAACGUCAUGUCAUCUCACGGUAUGGGUAUCGAUAAUCGUCACAUUCAACUGCUAUCCGAUAGUAUGACAUUUAAGGGAGAAGUAUUGGGAAUUACUCGAUUUGGUAUUGCGAAGAUGAAGGAUUCAGUUUUGAUGUUGGCAUCAUUUGAAAAGACAACUGACCACUUGUUCAAUGCUGCGUUCCACGCCAAACGAGAUUCAGUUGAAGGUGUAUCUGAGUCUAUUAUCAUGGGUAACCCAGCAGAGAAUUGUGGUACAUCUAUGCCUUCAUUGAUUCUACCAAAACCAAAACUGCCACCAUCACGUAAAUUGAUAUUUGAAUCUGCGCUUAAGUCGUCGAAGCAUUCAACAGCAACUGUAUUUUAA